AUGACGCCGGUUGAAGCCAGAGCCCCGUCGCUCGACCUCAUUAUCGGCCUCCUCGCGACAAAAGAAACAACCCAGUCCCGAUUCCCACCAAGUCAUGAUCACCAUCGACUCCUGGCUUUUGAGCUACCUCCCUCAUUGCCUGCAGCCGACCGGGACAUGUGGAUAUUCUCUCUCGUUUCUGCUGUCACUGCUUCAGUGGAACCCCCUCUCCCCAGGUCGGCCAACCUCCGCACCACCCUAUACAUCUCCCUGAUCCCUGGGCCUGGGAGAGAACUACCGACGCACGAGCAGAUCGAAACUCGUAUACGGAGCAUCGUAAAGGACCUCCAAGGGCUCACCGACGAGGUGGUUCAGGGAGCGUCCAACUCGGCGAUGCAACUACCAGACAGGGUCAACGAAGCUGAUUUUAUGACCGCCUUCUACCGCCAUGGAUGGAAACGGUUUAGCCAUUACUAUCACGAGAGGUCGGAGCGCAUACCGCAAGCUGUAUCGCUCUUGGAGGAGUUCCAGCGAAGUUCCCAGAUGAAGCCGGGACAUUUCCAACAUAUUGAAGAUACGCUUGCCUGGUUGGAGUGGCUGGAUCAUAUGAUUCAACUCGGUUCAAACAAAGGCGCCACCCAUGCCGCAGAAGGAGAUGACCCGCCCAGCUCUCUUUUCAUGGCUUACCAGUCACUCGAGGCGUACUUGGAAUCACGAGGAAACUUGGUUCCCAUCACUCGUUGGCUGGAAAAGCUCUGUUCCCUCCACAUCGACGCUCGACGACUCUUGGCUUUGGCAAUGUCUAUACGCUCCAGAGCAGUUCUGUUCGGCGACUUGCACAUCAAGACAUAUUUCCAGGACGCGCCCGGCGGGCAAACGGUCGAGUGUUCUAAGAGAAUUCUGCUGGAAACCGUCAUGUACCUCAAGCAAACGUACAGCGGAAAGUACGAGAUGGAACGACCUGGCUCGAUUUUCCUCACGGACGAUGACAUAGUCAAGAAACUCUCCGAUGCACUGGCAAAGGACGAGGCUAACUAUCUCUCCCCAACGAUGUGCGUACACUAUGAAGUGUUUCUACUCCGCCAGAUCCAAACCGAGAGGCUGUCCAUUCUUCCUUACACUGGUGUUUCGAAACCUUCCUGCGUCCCAUGCUCCAUCUAUUUCGAUCGAUUGGAAAAUGUCGGGUUUGACCCAGUCUCGAUACGGGGAUCGAAUGGUAAAGUCUAUCCAGGCUGGACGUUUCCUUCGGUCGAAUCCGAUAAAGACCCAGAGGACGCAGAACGACUCAGAAAACUCCGGACUAUUGUCACGGACGAUUUAGAAUCCCUGUUAUGGGAAUCCAUCGACGCCUUGCGGCGCACUGCAAGAUAUUCUGGCACCUCUGUCGAUGACCUACCCGUAAGUGAUUUAAUGGACUCCGAACGACAUCGGAAAAACAGAUCGGAGGAGGAAUUGAGUGAGAGGAGCAGGCUCCUCGGCCUACGGCGAAAAACGCGUCAAAGAACUACAAGUCUAACUACUGACAACGAAACUGGUUUGUAA